AGCACGCGGAUAUCGGCAGUGGCAUGGGUGGUGACUUGUUGAGCUUGAUGCCCAAGAAGUCAGUCAUCAAGCUUUUGUCCUCAAACCUGUUUCUACUUCGAACACCCUGAUCACUCAAAAAUACCGACCAUCACACGCUCACACCCACACCGGAUCCCGGAGAUUGACGAGCUGCUUAGCAUUGUCUAGACUCCGGACUUACCAUCAAGCACGCAAUCCUACAAUAAAGCAGACCAUCUGACUGGGGCCCGCAGCACCAGCUGAAGUCUGCCAACAUAAACCCUGUAACCUCUCUACAUAUUGGUUCCGCUUUCAGGGAGGGAAGCUCAUCCUCAUACACUGGUGAAGCCAACCAGCCGGCAGAACAGACCAUCACUCUAGCAUCCACUUAAGGAUAGUUACUGUGCCCAUCUUCACAAGAAGGUCUCACAUCACCAGACAGAUAAACAGUCUCAAGAAGAAAGAACAAAAAUGGUUGAAACUGGCAAGCCAGUCAUUCAGGAGUCCUCAUCCACCACCUCAGCCCCGUCAACAAGCGUUCCUCUGCCAAAAAACUCGUCAUUGAGGCCCUCAGCCUCAUCAAGCGACAAUACUGAAAAUCCCAACCAGAAACAGAAAAAAGUUUGGGAUUAUUAUUCGGAUGAAGCACCCUCAAGACCCUCGGAACAGUCAGAAGCAGACAAUGCUUUGAAACCAUCAAGCUCGAUCGGCUCACUUUCCUCCUCCUCUAAUACCCAUACUAAAAAUAACAUCACCCCACACUUGAAUAAAUGUGACAAGAAGAGCCGGCCUGAAGACAUUCAGGUUUGUUGCAGAGAAUUAAGAGGCGAUGAUGAGCGACAUCUCAUCAACCCUGAUAUCGUUCGCGAUGUAAUCAUCGGCUUGAGUGAUGGCUUGACUGUUCCAUUUGGGCUCACCGCUGGUCUCUCAUCGCUCGGAUCAUCCCGUCUGGUGGUAGUUGGAGGAAUAGCUGAAUUAAUCUCUGGAGCGAUUUCGAUGGGGGUCGGGGGAUAUUUAGCCUCAGAAGCCGAACGAGAUCAUUUCAAGUAUCUCCAAAAGACCACCAAGGAGCGAGUGGCAAGGUCGUGCUCUGGGGAGAUGGAGCGAGAGGUGCACGAAGUCCUUGGGCCGAUGGGCUUGGACGAAUCGAUCUCACGUACCGUUGCCGCAGCACUCCUUCGGGCCGAGUCGGAAGCCGACGAAUGUAUCGACCGCACGGCAGAGCCAGCAGAGGAAAGCACGGCACGUUGGCUUUUGAGAUGCUUGGGUCGUCAACCCAAAUUUUUCAAGCAGAUCGAUGGAGGCAACCAUCAGCUCAGAUGGGCUAAAGACAUCGGCAUCACCCCCUUCUUGUUGAAAUUCGGCGAAGGCUUAGAAGAAGUUCCAGAGUCUCGCCUCUACAUUUCCGCCCUAACUAUCGGCUUGUCGUACUUUAUUGGUGGUCUUGUGCCCAUGGGACCUUAUUUCUUUAUUGAGUCAGCUCAGAUCGCAUUAUACUGGAGUAUCGCGAUCAUGUUUAUAACUUUGCUAAUUUUUGGUGUAUUUAAAGCGUACUUUACAGGUGCUAAGAUAGGCUUUGUGGGCUACCUAAAAGCGAGUUCUGCGACGAUCGUUGUGGGUGGGGCUGCCGCUGCCGCAAGUUGGUUAAUAGUCAAAGUUCUCGAGAAGCCUUGAACACUUGUCUUUGUCCGAUUCUCUUGGACCUUUCAACCUUGUCAUGCUUAUUCCCCAAGUCCGCAUACUUGAUCAACCCCGACAAGCCACUGAUUGAUCCAUACUUAUCCCCUUGCCAAUCUAAAUCAUCGGAUACUCGGUCACUCUUCAACCCGGCGCAACACCUCCUUUCCAGUCUAUAUUCGCUCCCUUCUCAGGAGGAUUUGUGACUGUUAAUCUGUCUCUCUGAUUGUUGGUCUUGUCUUCUCUCUCUAUUGAAUAACAUUCCUCUUUGCGUGCUUUUCCUCUCGCCUGCCUUGAACACAAAAUAACCCAAACACAAUUCAAAAAAAUAAAUAAAUGAUGGAAAGGAAGAAAAAAUGAUCAUGUAAAUAAUUAUUGUUUUUAGGUUAAAUGUGGCCCAAUUUUGGGUUACCUGGUUCUUUUGUAAUGGUUCUGAAUUUCAGUAGGAAAAGUGAUCAGUGCCUUUUGAUGUUCAAAAAGAACAAAAGUACCAUGAGUGAAUAGAAUUGGAAUUGGGAAUAUACA